AAAGGAAGUUGCGGGGAUGAAGUUAAAAGUCUUCCGACACAUUGCAGCUCUGCAGAACACCCACCACGGAAGAGAGGCACGACGAGAGCGCCGGAGCCCGACGAUGACACCGUGAGAGGAAGAGCGCGCCGUGAGAGAAAGACAGCGGACGGCGGCGAGGACCUGCAGAAAACAAAGAUGGAGUUGUGGCGGCAGUGCGCGAUGUGGCUGAUCGACUGUCGAGUUCUCCCCGAGAACCACCGGGUCACAUGGGAGGGCGCCCAGGUGUGCGACCUGGCUCAGACGCUGAGAGACGGCGUGCUGCUCUGCCAGUUACUCAACAACCUGCUGCCUCAAGCCGUCAACCUGCGAGAGAUCAACCUGCGGCCGCAGAUGUCCCAGUUCCUGUGCCUGAAGAACAUCCGGACGUUUCUGGGAGUUUGCCAGGAGAAGUUUCAUCUCAAGAAGAGCGAGCUGUUCGAGGCCUUCGACCUGUUCGACGUUCGAGACUUCGCCAAGGUUAUCGACACCUUGUCCAUCCUUUCUCACUCAUUCAUUGCUACGCAAGGGAGACUCCAGCCUUUCCCCUCUGAAGGAUGCACUCCCGAUGAAGACAUCUACAGCGGACUGUCUGACCUGAUAGAUGACACGGUGGACGGGGAUGACGACCUGUACGACUGUGUGGAGGACGAGGAGAACGAGGGAGACGAGAUCUAUGAAGACCUGAUGAGGACGGAUGAACACGCGAACACUCAGCCGAAGGCCGGAGUGGACAAGCGCGAGUGCUGCCUGCAGGAGAUCAGACAGACGGAGGAGAAGUACUCGGAUACACUGCAAUCGAUACUACAGCACUUUAUGAAGCCUCUUCAGAGGUUCCUCCAGGCUCCAGACCUGGAGAGCAUCUUCAUCAACAUAGUGGAUUUGGCAGACACCCAUCGCAACAUGUUGGAGGAGGUCCGGAGUUCCAUCCUGGAUCACGGGGCGAAGAACCUGUACCAGGUGUUUCUGAAGUACAAGGAGAGGCUCUUACUGUACGGCCAUUACUGCAGUCAGGUGGAGGCGGCAACGAAACACCUGGACAAGCUUUCCAACACGAGGGAGGACAUCAGGAUGAAACUGGAGGAGUGUUCAAACAGAGCAAAUAGUCGCCGUUUUUCUCUCAGGGAUUUACUCAUGGUUCCGAUCCAGAGAGUCCUUAAAUAUCACCUGCUUUUACAGGAGCUGCUGAAGCACACCACCGACCCUGCAGAGAAGGACAACCUCCGCAAAGCUCUCGACGCCAUGAGAGACCUGGCGCAGUGCGUGAACGAGGUGAAGCGCGACAACGAGAUCAUCAGGCAGAUCACCACCUUCCAGCUGUCCAUAGAAAACAUGACUCAGUCUCUCGCUUUCUACGGCCGGCCCAAGAUCGACGGGGAGCUGAAGAUAUGCAGCCCGGAGAAAAAGUCCAAACAGGACAGGUACGCGUUCCUCUUCGACAAGGCCAUGUUCAUCUGCAAGAAGAAGAGCGGGGAGACGUUUGAGCUGAAGGAGAUCAUCGAACUACAGUACUACCAGCUGCGAGACGAAACCACGGGGGAGAAAGACAACAAGAAGUGGUCCUACUUGUUCCUGCUGCUGGAACUCAACGGGAGGUGUGGAUACGACUUGUUCUUCAAAACCAGGGAACUGAAGAAGAAAUGGCUGGAGCAGUUUCAGAUGUCUCUGUCGAACAUGUGUCCGGAUAACUCCACAGCCAACAACCACGACUUCCAGAUGAACUGCUUCGAGGACACCACUUCCUGCAAGGCCUGCUCGAUGCUUUUGAGGGGGAUUUUUUUCCAGGGUUAUCGCUGCAGUCGCUGUAAAAUGGCUGCGCAUAAAGAGUGUUUAGGCAGAGUCCCGGCCUGCGGAAGAAACUCUGAUCAUGCUGGUACUGUGAGGAAGACUAAAACACGCAAGUCCACAGGAAAUCCAAGCGCCGGAUAUCCAAAGAUGGAGGUGUGUCAAGAGUAUUACGGCUUGCCGCCGCCCCCUGUGGGCUUCGGUCAACCGCUUCCCCUCUGCAAAGGUGACAUCAUUGAGCUGACCCGGGCGGAGGCCGACCUGUCUUGGUGGGAGGGAAGGAACCUGACCAUCGGUCAAAUGGGAUGGUUCCCGGGCCAGAACGUUCAGCCAUACAUCUCCAGGCCGACCUCGGACCUCUCCGGCUUCAACUGGUUUGCAGGGAACAUGGACAGGACCGCAGCCCGGAACCUGCUGGUGUCCCGGUCCGACGGGACCUUCCUCGUGCGGCAGAAGGACGGAGGAGAGUUUGCCAUCAGCAUCAAGUUCAACAUGGACGUCAGGCACAUCAAGGUCACGUCCACGGAAGGCCUGUACCGCAUCAACGACAAGAAAGCUUUCAAGGGUUUAGUCGAGAUGAUCCAGUUUUACCAGCAGAACUCUUUGAAGGAAUACUUCAAGGACCUGGACACCACGCUGUGCACGCCUUACAAACAGCCCGAGCAGAGCUACUCGCCUGACCACACGCCGCACAACGCAGCGCACACCGCGCCGGACGCAACGCCAGGAGGCGGCGCGAGGAGCUUCUCCGCGGUGAGGGCCAGGUACGACUUCUCGGCCAGGGACCGCUCGGAGCUGUCGCUGCGGGAAGGAGACACCAUCAAGAUCCUCUCCAAGAAAGGCCACAGCGGCUGGUGGAAGGGAGAGGUGUACGGCCGGGUGGGGUUCUUUCCUGCCAACUACGUGGAGGAGGACUAUUCCGAGUACUGCUGAUGUGUAGACCAGAAGUGUACGUUUGUAGGUUCAUGGGAAACCUGGUUUGCAUCGAUUUGCAUUGACUCGCAUGCAACGGUGUGUGCGUGAAAGAGGUGUCGUUACUUGUGAAAUAAUGAUUGUCUAGUGUUGUGAAUAAAAGUUUUGUCCAGCUGA